AUGGAUGAUGGAAUACGGAAGAACGCGCAAAAAGGCCGCUGCCUGGAGGUCGCCAGGGCGCGUCUGGAGCUGGCGCUGGACGCGACAGCAUGCGAACCGCAAGCCGAGCGCGAUGUGCUGCACGACCACCCAGCAGCCCCUCGCAUCCAUCAUCCCCACCAGCUGGUUUGGUGUCAGCAGGGUCAGGGUCAGGGCCCAGCAAUCGGCAACCGCCACUGGUGGAGUACGCCGCACGCGUUGGACAACCCAGAUGAACAGCAACGCAUUGCGGUCGUAUUUUAG